AUGUUGUCGCAAUUGAUCCAAAGUACGGCUGAUUCCGUCAGGACAGCCACUCCUCAGGAGGAAGAGCGUCUUUGUCCAGUCAUUGACUUUGGUCCUUUACUAGCUAAUGAACCGGAUGCGCAUGAAAAGAUUGUCAAGGAUCUCCGUGUUGCUUGUGAAUCGACGGGCUUUUUCCAAAUCAUCAACCAUCCCGUGAGUAAAGACGUGAUCAAGAAUGCCUUUCGUGCCUCUACGCAUUUCUUUGAACUUCCGUUUGAUGAAAAGCUUAUGCUGAGCAAAGACAUGUUUAGCAACCGUGGCUACGAGUUGCUUCAGGAUUUUGUUUUGGAGGGCGAAGAAGAUUCUUCUUUGGAUGGAGUGCCAAUGGACGAUGAUUUAUCUUUUCCUAGAAGCUCUUCCUUUACACCUUCCUCCCUUGGUUGUCCGAUUCCCUCUGCACAAUCGCUUUCCACGCAUGCUGAACCCCCCAAUUCGUCCCCGAUUCCGUGGAACACUGGGCUUGUCGAAGACAUUACUCCGACUGAAAGCAACAAUGCCGCUCUUCACGAUUCCGAAUGUAUGUCUAAUGAAUUUCGCGAAAGUUUUUAUUUUGGGAAUGACAAUUUGUCCAAAGAACGACUCCUGCGUCCUUUUCAAGGACCCAACAAAUGGCCUGUGAAUACAGGCGCCGGUUUCCGCACUGCUCUUGUCCAAUACCAUGACGAAAUGGCCGUUUUUGCCAACCAAGUCAUGUGUCUGUUGGCCGAAUCUCUUGGAUUAACUGCCAAUGCAUUUGAUGAAUUUUGCUCCGAUCCCACUACAGCUAUCCGUCUGUUGCGUUAUCCCCCCUCUUACAACCGCACUGGUGUGAACGAUCACACGGAUGCGGAUGCUUUGACGCUUAUGGCACAAGAUGAAGUACGUGGUUUGCAAAUUCUUGACCCCGUUACCCAAUCUUUUGUCGCAGUUAGCGCGCGGCCCAAUGCCUUAGUUGCCAAUUUAGGAGACAUAAUGGCAAUUUUAACCAACAACCGCUACAAGUCUUCUGUGCACCGAGUCUGCAAUACUAGUGGCCAUGACCGUUACACCAUUCCGUUCUUUUUGCAAGGCAACAUUGAUUAUGUAGUGGCUCCCUUGCCAGGCUUGGGUCCUUCGACGACAGAGCCAAUUGCUGUCGAAGACUUAUUGCGGGAUCAUUUCCAAAACAGUUAUACAUCGCACACGACCACCACCUCUUUAGUUUGUUAA